AGCUUAUUAAACCAACAGGUCUCUCUGUUUAACCUUCACUCAAGGAAGAACCCCCAGGCUGCCUUUAUCUCUUUAGCUAAAAAGCUUUUCAUUGUUUGUGCUGUUUUAAUAUUAUGGGGCUCACAGAGCAGGAAUGGCAGAAGGUCAUGGACAUCUGGGGCAAAGUGGAACCAGAUCUCUCUUUGCAUGGACAGGAAGUUAUCGUCAGGAUGUUCCAGAACCACCCUGAGACUCAAGAGCGCUUUGUCAAAUUCAAAGAUUUCAAGACUCUGGAUGAGAUGAAGAACUCAGAAGAAGUAAAGAAACAUGGAACCACUGUCCUCAGUGCUUUGGGUAAAAUCCUGAAACGGAAAGGGUCCCAUGAAGCAGAACUGGCACCACUGGCACAGACUCAUGCCAACAAACAUAAAAUUCCAGUCAAAUAUUUAGAAUUUAUUUCUGAAAUCAUCAUCGGUGUCAUUGCUGAAAAACAUUCUGCAGAAUUUGGGGCUGAUUGUCAAGAGGCAAUGAGGAAAGCCUUGGAGCUGUUCCGGAAUGAUAUGGCCAGCAAAUACAAGGAACUUGGGUUCCAGGGCUAGUAAGGAAAGAAGAUGUCACCAUCGAGAAGACUUAGUGUGGAUAGGUGUGUGGUCAGUUUAGGAGAAUAUUUUCAUGUCAUCACAGGAAAAUAGCUUGAAUAAAUUGAAUCGUGUUAAUACUGCACUUGAAGGUGGCAAGCAAGGUAUGUUGUUCAAAAUCUCUAAUGUCUGCUAAAGCCAUUUUGGCUGAGACAUAAGGGAAUAAAACCAAUACAUUUGUAGGAUAUCUAAUGAGGUCAAGAGGAAGGUUUAAAGAGCUGGAAAGAUGGAGGUGAUAGGACUGGAUAUGUAAUCAUUACACCACUUUUUAAUUCAGUGAAAUGUUCCUCAAAAUCACCACCUGCAGCAAGGCUCUGAUGACAGACAAAUAAGGAGGGAAAAUUUGGGGAGCAGAUGCCAUGCCGUAUUUGUGAAUCACUGAUUUAAAUGAGAUCUGCCUUGGGAUGGAUAAUCAUCUACUCCACUGUUCUGUAUGUAAUUAAUGAAAUUAAAAUUGCAUUAAAUUUUAAUUAAAAGUUGCCCACUUUUCUAUGAGUAUGAUUCUGAUACUACUCAAAGAUGAAGCACGUCUCUUUGUCUAAAAACAAUUCUAUGCUGCCGCUGCAGCUUAAGUGUGAUGGAAAGCUUGCCAACUUCAUAUGUGGCUUAGGUUAUCAACUGCGGUUCCUUUUGAUCUUCAGCACUUCUUAAUAAAAUAUUAAUUAUGUAUAAUAAAAACAGCUGCAUGUACUUUUUACAUAUUGCCUAGUUCACGACUGGCUCUAUGAAGAUAUAUUAGUAUUCAGAAACAGGAAAAAUGAAAAAGUUAUUGAGGAAGGGGAAUGAAGAUAAGGUUUCUAAUUCCUGACUGGAAUAUAGCAUAACUAUUUAAAUUGACUUGAAUGGAAAGUCCUACCUGAUUACUGCUCUAUAUAUUGUACAAUAUUUUCUUCUCACCUCUACAAGCAAAGGGGGGUGGGGGGUGGGAAAGGCAUAUAAAUAUUUCUACUGGCUAUGGCCAAACUGCAAAAAAUAAAAAGCUAGGAAAUCCAUAAAUCAAUGACUUUCAGAUUGUGGUUUAUGGAGUCUGUAGAGGUGAUCCAUCAGGUGACCCAUAACAAUGGGUGGAGCAGAUCCAACUCAUUGCUUCAGCUUUUUUUCUCCAAACACCAAGAGAUAAUAGGUGAGAAUCCAUUGUCUUCCUCAGCCACUGACUUUGUGGGCUAAUAAUUAAAUGGUUUAUAAGAAUGGAUUACUACUGAAAGGUAGUUCAUUGAACCAUACAAGUAUCCAUAAAUAUAAGGUUAAGGUUUUGGACUAGGAGCAGGAUGGUCUAAUCCAGGGGUCUCCAACCUUGGCAAGUUGAAGUCCACAAGUCUUAAAGUUGUCAAGGUUGGAGACCCCUGGUCUAAUCCAUCAUGAGCUGUAGAAACUCCCUCACAGAGUUGUUGUGAAGACAAAUAGGAGGGAGCACUAUGAAUAUCACAUUGAAUACCUGUAGAAAAGUUUGUGUGUGUAUAAAUCUAACAAAUUUAAGUUCAAAAAUUCAGAAAUUGAUAAGAAUGAAGAGAUCCCAACUGUUGCUCUUGACUAUUGACAGGCAACCUCUGUUUCCAAAAGGCAAAUAAAUAAUAUUAUGAUUAAUGCCUAAAAAUGGAGAUUGCAUUGAACUGAAUCUCUUCUUAUUCCUAAUUUAUUUUUAUGCUAUGUUCUAUGUUAAAACUAAGAAAAUGUCUAGCAAGGCUUUUUGGAGAAAGUAGGUACAAGUAGGUAUGUUCUACUGUGAUCCAUGCUUGGAUUAAUAUGUCAUGAGAAGACUCUAGAAACUGAAGGAAGAUCAUUUUUUUUCUGUACCAGAAUCUUUAACAAACUGUUCUUCCUUUUGCUUAUGUGAAAAACUAUCUUCUUGCGUCACGGUCAGAAAUGUGAAAACUCAGCAAAUUAAUAAAAAAUCCAGUC